ACUACAGAAACUAUUUCCUGGCAUGAAUCAAUAAGUGGAACAAAUCACUCCAUGGUGACUGAGUUCAUUUUUCUGGGACUCUCCAAUUCUCAGGAACUCCAGACUUUUCUAUUUGUGUUCUUUUUGGUAUUCUAUGUAGGAAUUGUAUUUGGAAACCUUCUUAUUGUCCUAACUGUGGCUUCUGAUUCUCACCUUCACUCCCCCAUGUAUUUCCUGUUGGCCAACCUCUCACUCAUUGAUCUGUGCCUGUCUUCAGUCUCAGCCCCCAAGAUGAUUGCUGACUUUUUCAGUAAAUGCAAGGUUAUCUCUUUCAAGGGCUGCCUUGCUCAGAUAUUUCUCCUUCACUUCUUUGGUGGGAGUGAGCUGGUGACCCUUAUAGCCAUGGCCUUUGACAGAUAUGUGGCCAUCUGUAAACCCCUUCGCUACACCACAAUUAUGUCUAGCAAUGUAUGUGUUGGCAUUGUUGCUGCUGCAUGGGGAACUGGCUUCCUCCACUCAGUGAGCCAGCUGGCCUUUGCAGUGAACUUACCUUUCUGUGGUCCCAAUGAGGUUGAUAGCUUUUACUGCGACCUUCCUAGGGUCAUCAGGCUUGCUUGUACAGACACCUAUAGGUUGGAUAUCAUGGUCAUUGCUAACAGUGGUGUGCUCACUGUGUGUUCUUUUGUUCUCCUAAUCAUCUCGUACACUGUCAUCCUAGUGACCAUCCAGCAUCUCCCUUCACAGAAGUCAUCCAAGGCCCUGUCUACUUUGACUGCUCAUAUCACAGUAGUUCUUUUGUUCUUUGGACCAUGUAUCUUCAUUUAUGCCUGGCCAUUCCCCAUUAAGUCAUUAGAUAAAUUCCUUGCUGUGUUUUGUUCUGUGGUCACUCCUCUCUUAAACCCAAUUAUAUACACACUGAGGAACAAAGACAUGAAGACUGCAAUGAAACGGCUCAGAAAAUGGAAUAUGAACUCGAGGAUAAAGCCUUAG